GUCCUCUCCAUAUACAAACACAAGAAAUUAUGGUGAAGAGAAGAGGCUGCCUGGAAACAUGAUCAUCAUCCUAGCCUUGUUCAUUGUUUUGCAGGCUUGUGAAGCUCAGAAAAGUGACUGCAACCCUUCUUCAUGUGGGAACCUUCUCAACAUCAGCUACCCUUUUUGGUUAAAACACCAGGAUCCUCCCCACUGUGGUGAUCCUCGAUACGGUCUCUCCUGUGAGAAUAAUCGCACCGUCUUAUACUAUUAUUCAAGGAAGUUCUAUGUAGACUCAAUCUCUUAUCAGAACCGAACCAUGAUAGUGACUGAUUCCGGUCUCCAAACUCACAAUUGCUCCUCACUUCCUCUUUAUUCCAUGACAUUUUAUAAUAACAUAAGUUAUGAAGAUCCUUACGUUUACCCUUGGCCAUCUUGGAUGCCGGGAAACUAUGUAGUUUUCUUGAGUUGUCAAAGCCCAAUAAUCACAUCAUCUCUACAGUUUUUGAAUACCUCUCCAUGCUUCAAUGCUUCUUCAGCUUCCCAAUAUUCUUACGCUAUUGUGGGAGAUGAAAACUUAGGUUUGUCAGGUGUACCGGAUUCGUGUACCAUCGGCUCAAUGUUUCCAAUUAGGAUGUUGCAAGAAGCUGGGGGGAAUCAUCUUUCUUACUCAGAGAUACACCAUGAAAUGACCAUGGGAAUUCAAUUCUCAUGGUUUCGCAUUGAUUGUGGGAACUGUGAGGAAAGAGGUGGUGUUUGCUUAGGUGACCAAGAUCCUUCUAAAUACACUGUCAUCUGCAACUUCGGCUGCAAUAGAGGAAUUUUCCAUUCAGGCGGCUAUUGCACUAUUAAGGAUCAUUAUUGGCCUAACUUUAGAGAUGGUACACUAUUGCCCGCGCUGAGGAUUAUAGGGAAAAUCCUAGAGUACUUCUUGAUGAUUAGAACUUCAUUGGGAUAUCUAUGUUUCACCCUAUUCUUAAUCUAUAUGCUGCGACGAAGGCACCUCUCCUUGGAUACUAACAUUGAAGAGUUCCUACAAGAGCAUAACAAUCUAUUGCUAAUUCAGUACUCAUAUUCUGAUAUUAAGAAGAUGACUAAGAAUUUCAAAGACAAACUUGGUCAGGGAGGUUUUGGGUCUGUAUAUAAAGGAAAGCUCCGCAGUGGCAAUCUUGUUGCUAUCAAAAUGUUAGCAACAUCUAAAGGCAAUGGACAAGAUUUUAUCAAUGAAGUUGGUACCAUUGGGAGGAUUCAUCAUGUCAAUGUGGUGCGACUUAUCGGAUUUUGCUUUGAGGGAUCAAAACGGGCUUUAGUGUACGACUUCAUGCCUAAUGGGUCAUUGGACAAGUACAUCUUCAAUCAAGAACAAAGAGGUAAUAUUUCUUCAAGUAGUUGGGAAAAGAUGUACAAGAUUGCCCUAGGAGUGGCUCAUGGGAUUGAAUAUCUCCAUCGAGGUUGUGAUAUGCAAAUUCUGCAUUUUGAUAUCAAACCACACAAUGUUCUUCUUGAUGAGGAUUUUACCCCAAAAAUUUCGGAUUUUGGGCUCGCCAAACUAUAUCCAACAAAUGAUAAUACUGUUCCUCUAACAGCGGCAAGGGGAACAAUAGGAUACAUUGCUCCAGAAAUGUUCUACAAAAGCAUGGGAGGUGUCUCCUACAAGGCUGAUGUUUAUAGUUUUGGAAUGUUGCUAAUGGAAAUGGCAGGGAGAAGGAAGAAUGUGAAUCCAUUUGCAAACACUUCUAGUCAAACUUACUUCCCAUCAUGGAUAUAUGAUAAACUGAAUCAAGGAGAAGAUAUGGAAAUGGAAGAUGCUAGUGAAGAUGACAAAAAAAUAGCAAGGAAGAUGAUCAUAAUCGCAUUGUAUUGCAUACAAAUGAAGCCUGCUGAUCGCCCUUCCAUGAGCAAAGUCAUAGAAAUGUUAGAAUCACCCACUGAGCUUCUACAAAUGCCGCCAAAGCCUUUUCUAGCAUCACUUGAGAGAUUGGAAGAAGAUUUUAGAAUUAUAGAAUCAUCACCUGUUUCCAAAUCAUCAAGUUAUGAUUCAUCGUCAUACAAUUUGAUGAUUCAAUCAUCAACUUAAAUGUAAUUAAUCUGCUAUAAAUUAUUAGUUAUUUGGUUGAUAAUUAAGUAAUAGUUUGCUUGUUGUAAUCAAAUAGAAAAACAAUUCCCUUGAUUAUAAAUGCCAUCUGUCUAAAUAUACUUAUGGUUCUUUAAUGGCCUAGGCAGGCUUUAAUUGUUGA